AUGUCAGCUGUUUCCGUCUGUGUGUUUCUCCUCUCCCUGAGCCUGUCCCACCUGCUCAGCUCAGGGGCGGUGUCUGCUCUGCAGCCCUGUGAGCCCGUUAAUGAGACUGUGUCCGUGGAGAAAGAGGGCUGCCCUAAAUGUCUCGUGUUCCAAACAUCCAUCUGCAGUGGCCACUGCCUGACUAAGGAGCCUGUGUAUAAAAGCCCAUUCUCCACCGUUUACCAGCAUGUGUGUACGUAUCGGGACGUCCGAUACGAGACCCUUCGCCUGCCUGACUGCCCCCCCGGGGUGGAUCCUCAUGUGACCUUCCCUGUUGCCCUGAGCUGUGACUGCAGCUUAUGCACCAUGGACACAUCUGACUGCACCAUCGAGAGCCUAAAGCCAGACUUCUGCAUCUCUCAGAGAGCUCUCCUCCAUGACUCCUGA